UUCAACGCUACAGGAGGAUGGGGAACCGAACCAUAGAUGUACUCAACACUGUUUUCAUAAUGGGCAAAAUAGACUUGUCUUCUGAAGGGAGAUAUUUAACUGUCCUAAUUGGCUCUCUCGUCUACUUAUUUACACUGUUCGGUAACCUGUCUUUGCUUGCGGUUAUAGUUUUCAACAGAAAUCUACACGGGCCUAUGUAUCUGUUCCUUCUCAACUUAUCCAUCAAUGACUUGAUCGGUAUCAGCGCCAUGAUUCCAAGGGUCAUGUCAGAUGUAUUGUCUGAAGAUAGGCACAUCACUUACCCAGCAUGCUUGAUUCAGGCUUUCUGUAUUCAUAUGUAUGGCGGAGCGACACUUCUCAUAUUGUCUAUCAUGUCGUUUGAUCGCUACAUAGCUAUCUGUCAUCCACUAAGGUACCACUCCAUCAUGACUAAGAACACUGUUGUAAGUCUCAUUGCCUCUGCUUGGCUGAUUGACUUUCUACUGGUUGGGAUCCUGUUCGGGCUCACGUUGCGUUUCCCUGUUUGUAAAACAGUUAUCGUGAACAUCUAUUGUGACAACAUGUCCCUGUUAAGACUGACCUGUGCAACAGAAACCACAGUGAACAACAUCUAUGGCUUAUUUAUCACAGGUCUACUCCAUGGAGCAGGGGCUUUUUCUGUGGUCUUCUCCUACUCACUCAUUCUAUUCACAUGCUUUAGAGGUAGUGACUCUGAUGCCAAGCUAAAGGCCUUGCAUACAUGUGCCACACACCUGCUUGUCUUUCUAAUCUAUGAGUUCUCAGGUAUCAUUGUUGUCCUUGUGUAUCGAAUACCAAACACUCCUCUCCUACUUCAGACAUUUGCAGGAAUGAUAUUUGUCAUAUUUCCUCCAGGUCUUAACCCAGUAAUAUAUGGUAUCAAAACUAAAAAGAUUAGAGUGAAAUUACUUCAGCUUUUCUCCAUGGCCAAAGGUUCAGUUAGAGUAGUAAAAGUCAAUAGUGUAACUUAAUAAUGUAACGUUAAUUAUUUGUUGUCCUGUUUGUUAUACGUUUACAUUAGUAUUGUCAAGGAAAAUAAUUCUCAAGGGGAAUGUAUGAUAAAAAGCAUAGGGAAGUCACUAUGUUAGAAAGCAUAGGGACCAGAAGAGGAGCUAUAGGUGGAUGGGAUCAUUGAAAUGGCACAGUGAGGAGGAGACUGAGGUCAUUGAUUAUUCCUUCCUCGACGUGCAGAUCCUGUGGUCUAGCAGUCACUCUCAUGGCCAGUCAUAUACUGCUCUGUAUUGCAGACCAGGGAUCAAUCCCUGCAUCCACCCUGUCUACUGUUGUCCCACUUGCCUGUCUCCUCCUCUGUUUCUAUCUGUAAAGGGUUAAUAUAUAUUAUUAAUUGAUUAGUCAAUUUAUGUGAUUGUGUUUCAAGUCACCAGAAUUACCACAAAAAUAAAUGUUUAACCUUUAAUACGUUUAAUUAGCAAAUACAAUUUCCUCCAUAUCCAGUAUUUUCAUUUUUACUUUGGUUUUGUGUUCGAAAACUGUCGGCUGGAA